GUCUCUGUCACUCAAAUUGUCAAAAAUGUCACGUCGUAUAACCUCAAAUUCAUAUUGUUUUGGCGCCUUUUGAAUAAUUUGCGAACAAUAUGAGCGAAAACAACAAUAAUCCUUUCUAUUUAAUAGCUUCUUAAUAAUGAAAGGUAUAACAGACUACUUUAAAGAUGCCUCUAAAGCAAGCCCCGAAUCAGAAUCUAGUAAAAGUGCACAGGUAACCAAGACAGAGGUAAGCAAAGAGGAACCAAAACCUAAAAAAAAGAAACGAAAGCGAAAACUCACUGAUCCAGAAGUUAAAAAUGUCGCAGAGUUGUUAUCAAAUAACCUUAGUUUAGUCUCUCCAGGUAAAACUCACAAUAAUAUGAUAGAACCUCUGGUAAGUCCCAAUAAAGCAAACUCAAGCAAUGAGGAGGUUUCUAAGAGUGUUGAUGUACCUGCUAAGAAACCAGAUACCAUUAAAACGUCUCCAAAAGUUGACCAUAGUGGAGAAGACUUAAGUGAAAAAAGAAAUGCUUUUGAAUUUUUAAUGAGUAGUCGCCAUAAUAUUAUAGGCAGAAAUGUUGAUGGUAAAGAGUCAGAAAAUGCAAAUACUCCUAAAGAAAAGUCACCCACUUUGAAGAAGAGAAAAGACCUGUUGCAAAAAUGGGCAGAACGUAAGGGCAGUGAUAAAAGGAAAAGGGAAGAGGAACAAGUUGAAAAGUGUAUAAAAUUUAAGCUGGAAAAAAGGGCAAAAAGACUGAAGAAGAUGCUACAGGGAGAAGCAGAUGAGGAGGAGGAGCAAAACAGGGAGCCAAAGAAGAGAGGUCCGAAAGCUAAAGUUAAAAAUAUCUUGAACAGGAGAAAACUAAGCUCAAGCGAGUCAGAAAACAGCAAUUUGGGGACAAGUUUAGAGGCAGUUUCACCUCAAGAAGCUUUUUUAACAUCUGAAGUAAAGAAUCAUAUAGCUGAAGAGCCAGAAACUAAUAUGAUACUAUCUACACUAAAAAAGAACAAUAACUCUCCAUCUGCAAAAAAAAAUGGCAACCUUUUAAGUUUUUUAGGAAUUUUUAAUAAAAAAGCUGACAAGGGUAAUGAUGAUUCUGACUGUUCAGAAAACAGCAUUAAAGUAUUUGAAGAAACCCCCACUAAUAAAUUGAAAAAAGAUAUAAUAAAAAUUAAAAUGUUUACCCCCAACAACAACUCCAAAGUACAUCCCAAGGAAGAUUCUUCACUUAAAAAAGAUAAGAAGAAAGCAAGAUUAAAGCAAGAUGAUGUCUUAAAUGAUUCUUUAGAAGAUUUUUCUUCACCAACAAAGAAAAAAGAAAAAAAUAAAGCUCAAUCUAAAGUUGUACCAUCAGUAGUCAAUCCUGAUUCAUUAUUUAGCAGUGAAAGUAGUAGUAAUUCAAGUAAUGUAACAAAUGCCAAGUUGACAGAAGAGUCAUUACCAAUUGAUGCUGAAAACAACAGAAGAUCACUAAGAAAAAGGAAAGCUAUCAACUACAGUUACUUAAUUGAUAUGGAAGAUAUGCAAAAGAUAAAUAAAUCUAAGAAAAAACCAAAACUAGAAUCUGAUAAUGAAUCAAUUGAAUUACUUUCUUCUGAUGAGUUUGAUGAGUCAAGCAGCAGUACCCCAGUGGCAAAAAAACCCAAAUCAAAUGUAAAACUUGCUCCAGUGUUUGCAAAGUCUACACCAAAACCAAAAGUGGAUCCAGAAGUUCUGGAGGCUAGGCGGCAGUUUUUAUUAAGCAGUAUUCCUGAUUCCAUGAAAAGGACUAUUGAAAAACAAAAAAGUGAAAUAAAGGAGUUUGAUGUUUUUCCAGCAAUAAGCCACAUACAACAGAAAUGUGACAGUAAAAUGUGGAACCUGUCUAGGCCUGAAUUGCUUUAUAAUUCUUCCCAAGACCCUCCAGAUAAUCAAAACCUAAAAUGCCAAGGUCUCUUAAACAAAUCAGUUCCUGUUCAACAAAAGUUUGGCCAAGAAGUGGAAAGAGUCAAGCACCUGAAGAGUGUUCUGCAAAAGAUAAAAGCUCAAAACCCAGCUUACCCAGUCUACAAAGUAUUUAGUCAAAUUUAUGAGAAGAGUGGAAAACAACAAAAGAAAGUUAACAGUAAAAAGCAGUCAAAAAACAAGCGAAAAAGCUUGGAAAAUUACUCUAAUUUAGCACUGAAAGGGUCAGAGAUGUGGACUGAAAAAUACAAGCCAACAAGUUCGGCAGACAUUUUGGGCAAUUAUCGCGGGGUAAAGAAAUUAAAAGACUGGUUAGAAACUUGGAAGGAUUACGCUGAAGAGAUUAACACCAGAAAGAGGAAAUUCAUCAAUUCAAAUAGCGAAUCAGAGUUUGAAUCAACUGAUUGCGAUAGCAGGGAUAGUAGUCGAUUACCAGGUAACACCAUGAUUCUUCAUGGACCUUCAGGCUCUGGUAAAACUAGCGCGGUGUAUGCUAUAGCAAAAGAAUUUGGGUUUAAUGUGCUGGAACUUAAUGCUUCAACUAAGCGAUCAGGUAAAAAACUAUUACAAGAAUUACAUGAAGCCACUCAGUCCCACCAAGUGCGUAAAUCAGACGCUUUGGCGAAAUUCGUCGCUAAACAACCCGCACCACAGCAACAAAAUAAAAAAAUGUGCAUUUUGCUCCUGGAAGAUAUUGACCUAAUUUUCGAGCAAGACGACGGAUUUUUAUCAUCUCUGUCUCAGUUAGUGGUAACCAGUAAGAGACCCAUUAUCCUUACUACAACUGAUAUUACGCCACCCCACGUGCAAAAGUUCAUGUGCCAAUAUGAUUGCGUCAAUUUUAUGCCUCUAUCGGUACAAUGUUUGGCAGUUUGGUUGCAAAUCGUGUGUCUAGUAGAAGGGAUUUUAGCGGACAAAGACGAUCUGGGCAGUUUAUUGGAGUACAACAGGGGAGACAUAAGGAAAACGCUUCUAGAGGUGCAGUUUUGGUGCCAAAGCGGCGGCCAGUUGGACAAAGAGAAACCGUGUCCAUAUAAAACUGUUACAAAAAACGUUUCUUCAUUAGUUAAAAUGGUAGAUGAUGAUUUAAAGUUUGAAUUGAGUGAGGAAGAAGUUUCCAAUGAUCAUGAGUUUGUUCACAAAAACUCCCUUAGUAGCUUUGAAGUAAUACAUAGCCAACAAAUACCUGAAAAGUUUGACAUAGGAUUGUUAUGGUGGAACAUUCCUGAUUUACUUGGGGCACCUCAUAGACAAGAUAAUGACGAUCGGACGUUGACAAAUGAAACAGAUAACAAUAACCUGAAACUAGUAUCAAGGAUUUAUGACUCCCUAGCAUUAACAGAUAUUUUAUUCAAACAUAAACCGGAUAAAUAUUGUUCAAAAGAGCCGGUAAUAAACAGUUGGAGCUCAGAGGUUCUGAAUUCCCUUGAACUGACCGACAGAAGGGAGGACAGGUUGCACAGUGAACUCUCACAAGACUUAUGUCAUAAUUUAGUAAAUGGGAGUAUAGAAAGUUAUAGGAAAAUUGAGGGAAAAUGGGGUCUCUUUAAUAUGGCUGCACCUGAUAUUAAAGAAAGAAGAUGUCGAGAAAAUCAACACUCAUCUGAAGAGUUUCUUAAACGAGCUCUUCCGCUGUCCAACAUUCUGGAUCGAGGUUCUGUCGCCAUGGAUUUCCUUCCGGUUCUUCGGGAUAUCGGUAGGUUCGAGGAUCAAAGAGCGGCUACCAACACGAAACGGGGCAAUAGAUUUAGGCAUUACUUAAGAGAUUUAAAUAUUAAUUUCGACCCGGAGCUUUGUAAGUUAGCUUGCGGUCAGUUGAAUUCAUUAGAGAAUUAAGAGUGCUUGUAGGUAAGAUUUUAUCGUAUUAUGAAUUUUAUUGCUCGUAACAUUUUGGUUGAUUUUGUAAAAAUUCAUAAAGGAAUAAAUCUGUACAACCAUUA